UUGCGCCGCCUCUGUGUUAGUUUUAUGAACAAACACAAAUAGUAAACAAUUUCUAUUUGUUUCCUGUUUUUGUUUUUAUACAUAAUUUCUCUGGCAAUGGCAGACUUGGUAAGAGGUGAAGCCUCCGAAUCCGAUGAAGAAGUGCAUGAUAUACAAAAGAUCUUUGCGGCUGAAGUCGCUGGCGAGGCUUCCGAGGAGGAUGACGAUGAAGACGAAGACAUUUAUGAGCAGCGUGGAGGGGCCAGCCAAGCGGUGGCAAUGGCUACCAGUACAGCAUCCAUCUAUCGGAAUAAUCUUCUCCAGCGUAAACUAAUUGAAAACAACAUUGCCGUUUGGCGUUCCUUAACUGGAUUGACACGUAGUUUUGUUGUGAAUGCUUCGAAGCAACUUUUAAACACGGAUCAAAUGCUUAUUAAAUCGCAAGUGUCAUUGCAGUCGGCUCACACUGCCCUGCAGCAUGCCCAGCAACACAUGGAUGAGCUGCAGACCAAGACAUCGGCUGUGCUGGCGGGAAGCAGUUUUUUACCCCACAUAAAUAUCAAGAUAUCUUAGUUUUAGUUAUUAAUU